AUUGGUGAUGCAAGAAGUUUCUAGGAAAGCCCUACCAGAUUUCGAUAAAAUGGCAUGUGCAGCGGACAGCUGCAUUCAGUUCAUGCGCCAUGCGAGUGACGUUCUGUUCAACCUGAACCGGCUGCGCAGCAGGAACAUGCUCACUGACGUCACCAUCCUCGUCAACAGACAGCAGUUUCGCGCUCACAAGACAGUGCUCAUGGCCUGCAGCGGGCUGUUCUACACCAUCUUCACGGACUCCCUCAAGUGCAACCUGAACGUCAUCAGCCUGGAUCCCAAGGUGGACCCGGAAGGCUUUGCCAUCCUGCUGGAGUUCAUGUACACCUCGUGUCUGACGCUGAAGGAGAGCCUGAUCAUGGCCACCAUGAACACCGCCAUCUACCUGCAAAUGGACCACGUGGUGGACACCUGCCACAGGUUCAUCAAGUCCAGGGACUCAUCGGUGAAGCUGCCGAGGGAGGAGCUUUGGGGCGGGCCUCUGCUGUUCCCGCAGGAUGUUCAGCCGUACCGGGCUCAGGAGGUGGAGGGCCCCUGCAGCGACGGCCGCGCGUACGGCCGCAGCGUCUUCGGCGCGGUCAACGCCCCCAACAGCUCCUACCACCUCUACGGCCACCUGCCCAUCCAGGGCUUCCCGUUUCCCCUCGGAAAGCUGACAGAUGCCAAAAACCCCCUCGCCGACUUCCCUAAAGGGGGCACCGUCCACCAGAAGCACUGCACCCCGCCCGAUAACUCCGGAGUGCGGGCGGAGUACGGCAGGCCCAGCCCCAGCGGGGGCCACGGAACAGCCUCCUCCAGGGAGGCGGUCUGGGAGGAGGAGAGCCAGGCAGGCGCCCAUCAGUCUAUGGGCGUGGCCUCCAGAGGGCACGGCUAUCUGGGCGUGGCCCAAGAACACAGAGAAACAGGCAAGGAGACCACCCCCGUGGAGGAGGAUGAGGAGGAGAACCUGGGCCACCAUCAGCAUUACUCCCUGAGCGGGCCCAAGGGUGUUCUGAACAGCCCCCAGAGCCCACUGAAGUCCGACUGCCAACCCAACUCGCCCACGGAGUCCAGCAGCAGCAAGAACGCCGCCCUCUCCCAGGCCCCGCCCACCCAGGGUCCACAGGACCCCAAGGCCCGCAACUGGAAGAAGUACAAGUUCAUCGUCCUCAACUCUGCCAACCAGACAGCCAAGGAGAAGGAGGGCAGCCCAGGCGAGUCCGAGACACGCUCGCCCCCUCGCCUCGCCUCCCCCGCCUACCUCCCGCCCAGCGAAUCGGAGCACAUGGACCUGCAGACCGCGGCCAAGAUCAGUGACCAUGGCGACGAGCUUCUUGUGCCCCAGGUCAGCCGUCUCAACAACAUCAUUAACAGGGUCCUGGAAGGAUCUCAGAGACACGGCGAUGGCCACUCUCUCUACAUAAACCACUCAAAGUGCUCCACCUGUGGGUCCCCCUCCCCCCAGCACUCCGACAUGUGCCCCAACACGCCGGGCUCCCACUGCGGGGAGGAGCUGUCCGAGCUGCACUCCGAGUACUCCGACUCCAGCUGCGAAAACGGUACGUUCUUUUGCAACGAGUGUGACUCCAAGUUCGCGGAGGAGGAGUCCCUCAAACGGCACGUGCUCCAGGUCCACAGCGACAAGCCGUACAAAUGCGACCGCUGCCAGGCCUCUUUCCGCUACAAGGGGAACCUCGCCAGCCACAAAACCGUCCACACGGGGGAGAAACCAUACCGCUGCAACAUCUGCGGUGCUCAGUUCAACCGACCAGCCAACCUCAAGACCCACACCCGCAUCCACUCAGGAGAAAAGCCAUACAAGUGUGAGACGUGCGGAGCUCGCUUUGUACAGGUGGCUCACCUCCGUGCCCACGUGCUGAUCCACACAGGGGAAAAGCCGUACCCCUGCGAAAUCUGCGGGACUCGCUUCCGCCACCUACAGACUCUCAAGAGUCACCUGCGCAUCCACACAGGAGAGAAGCCCUACCAUUGCGAGAAAUGCAAUCUGCACUUUCGCCACAAGAGUCAGCUGAGGCUGCACCUUCGACAGAAGCACGGUGCCAUCACCAACACCAAGAUCCAGUACCGCAUGUCCACUACAGACAUGCCAGGCGACGGAGCCAAGGCGUCCUGAGCAACAGCUCCCCCUGGUGGCAGAGCAUCCUCGUUGUACAGCUGUCCAUUUAUAGUGCCACACUGUUGGAGAGACAAAAAAAACUAACUUGGGCAGAGUAUGCCAACUAAAACGGGUUUCCUCUACAUGUGAACACAGAACCAUAUACGGUUACGAUUUGGUCACUUUAUUGUCUAUAACGUAUAUAAAUUAUAAAAACAUGAGUGGAUAUAAGCUUUCUGACAUGUAUAUAAAGCUUUAUUUUGGUGCAAAAAGGAUGGAAUGUUGACACUGCAAUCCAGUUUUUGAGGA